AUGGCUGCUGGCCCGAACCCAUGUCUUCUAGGUAUAAUACUGGUGGCACAGACUCGUGCAGGAACAGGAGCGCAAAUUCUAUUUCACUACCCACCUGAUCCAUUAGCCCAGGAUGAGCAGCAUCUACAGGACGCAGAUCAGGUAGUUGCAGACGAUAGCUCCAGCAGUGACUCAGGCAGCGAAUCGUCCAGUGACGAUAACAUCUAUGAAAUCACAACUUCCAAGGCCACAGACAUUUCUCAUGGCGAAGAUAAUGACGAGACCUAUGAUGAGUUGAGCCGUGUACGCAGCGAUGAACACUGGAAGCCUUCAUGGGAGCCUUUGCUGGGAAUUGGCGAAGAAGGUCUUGUUAGCUUGCUGGCUCCUGGUCGCGCAUGGCAUAAGCGCAAGUUCGAACUGGGCAUCAACGACUUAGUCUUAGUCGGGCGUCCGGUAUACGUGCGUGAGAGUGGGCGCUGGAAAAGACGACGCCGGAGACAUCACAAUCGUCUAGAAGAGCAUACUGAAAUCGAUGAGGAAGAUGCUGGAGGUACUGACCAAGACCCGACUUCGGAGGCGGAGGACCAGCCGCCGCCAGAUGAGCAGGAAGCCGAAGUCGACGCUUCCUCCGACAAGAGCGCGCUCACCAUCCCUAGAGCACACGCAGCGAUCAAGGAGAUGUACGACAAUGUCAUCAAAAAGCUAGCUAAAGUCCUCAAAUGGGAGCAAGCCAAUAAUGACUAUGUCUGGACGCAGACCGACUUAGUACACAGCAUCAAAGCAUCUCAUUAUGCCCAGCGGUCAUCGACCAAUGUCCUCUACAACGACCUACUGAAGCAGUCCUCUUUGGCCACGGCAAUUGCGACCAUCUAUCGGACGAUAUCCACAUCUCGUGUAGCGGCAGUCACUUUCAGUCCAGAUGUUUCCCUGUCUCUACAAAUUCCGCCUGUCACAUCCACAUCGUAUCUACCAUCAUUGACUGACCCACCCAUACCGCCAGGUAUCUGGCUCACGACAGCCAACGAUCCUAUCUCCGGGCAGUCUGACCUCGAACUCGACGCCGCCAAACCUGACAAUGCACUCCAACUGGCCAAGUCCUUCACGUUGCUGCUUCGCGAUAAUCCUCAUAAGAUUCUCAAAGAUGUUCAAGGCACCUCGGGGCCGCUGGCUCUACCGUUAGCGAACUUGAUCACAUCUCUGACACCGACAAAGUCCUUCUACAAGAUCUCUCAGCGAACUGGCCUGCCCUUGGGUGACAUCCAAUUGCUAUCUCGGCACCUGAUCAGCUGGCGCCGAGCAAUGGCAAUCCCACCUCUGCAUCAUCAGGAUACGUAUAUUGUGUCUCCGAAUGCCGACCUAUCCCAGCUAGCGACCGCUAUCAAGUCUUUCGAGUCGACCUUUCCAAUGCUGCCGUCUCUACCACGGUUCCUCGCCCUACUUUCAGGUACGCCCGCACCUUUUGGCAACCUCAUUCCAUCAUCAGACCACAAAGAGGAAUACUAUCGUGUCUUAGCCUGGCUUCUCCGAGGUGGAUGGGUCACUCAACUCCGCACUUUCGCCUACGUGCGAGUCUCUGCAGCCGUCAAGAAAGCCGUACGCGAGCAGGACAAAAAAGAGAAACACGAUGCCGCUCAAAAUAACCUCGAAAGACUCAACCUGCAACCACAAGCAAAGCGCCAUCAACGACAGCACUCUCAGCCAAAGCCUUCCACGUCUGUACCGUCCACUUCUGUUGCCUCAUCUUACAGCAGCAGCAAUUACCUGCGUAACCGUCCACAUCUGUCUCGCCCAGGGUCGUCCUCGACCAACACCACCACCACUACAGCGACUCGUGUCACACAGGCCGGACCUCAGCACAACCCUGCACACGCGUCCCUCGUCGUGUCCCCACUUCGUGCCUCGGCGCUCGAGACCAAGUGGCUGAACCAUAUCCAGGCAUCACUCGUGCCACAUGCCGCGCCCGUGGUAGACAAGUCUCCAUCAGACCCGGACGCACCCACCAAUAGCGAGCCUGCAUCAGCAGAUAAAGACGCAGAUCGCCAGCAUCCCUUUGAUCCAUGGCAACACCUCACCCUUGAACAACGCCAAGAAUUGCACGACGCCUGGCCAGGACUAACCAAGUACUUCAACGGCCAGGAAGCGCUCGAGCGGAUAGCUAUUCGGGAAGGCUGGAAGCGAAAGAAGACUGUUGAGCUGCUGGACUGGGUGAGCGAUGCUGGUGCUGCGGCGACGGGAGUGCACGAUCGAGGCGCGACAAGCAGUCAAGACGCACACAUGAGACAAAAUGCAGAUCCUGCAAGAGAUGCAGUUGUGGUCACUGUGCGGCAUUGGUGA